CUUGUAGUCUGUUCAGUGACCUAUUCAUUCACACGGUGCUUUAUCUGAGUAAUGCGUGCGCUUUCGUGUUCAGCCUGUCUUCAGCAGCAUUAGUGAUUGUCCUCAUUUUGUUUCCUUGGUGUCGUUAAUUGCAGGAUAGGAGCUGUCAUUUGGACGGAAACCAAAGUGCGAAGUGCCAAUAAUUUGGAGUAGCCUCGACAACACGCAAACUACCUCCGAUAGGCUACAUUUGAGAGGGAAACAGCGCGUGAAAUGGCUUCGAAUGGGGAAAACAAAGAUUCUGUGGUGAACUUGGAUCUAACGAAGGAGCAAAUCGAACAGCUGGAGGAUAACUUUAUGAGAGUCAGCAAGCAUCCAGAUGGGACGACUCUCAUGAUAAUCGCGGCAGAGUGCGGACUGUCCGAAGAAGAUGCAGCAAAGUGGUUCAGGAUGCGCAACGCUCAGUGGAGGAAGUCCGAGGGCCUGCCGGCCAAACUGGGAUCAGUGAUGGACUGAAGGAGAAUGACGGGGGCCCGCCCCAUUGGCUGACUGCGGCAGAGGGAGGAGUCAGCGCCAUUUUCCCUUUUCCUUCCUCUUUCUUUAUCUAUCUGAAACCAGGGACGUGCAGUGAGGGCAGGCAAGAUGGCCCCCUCCUACCUUGAGAAAAAGCUAGAGAGAAAAAAAACGACAUAAUUAAAUUGCUGUGAUAUGUGUUCCUUGCAUUUGUUAU